GAUCAAUGGAAUGCUUACAAAGAUAGUACCUGUAGAAAAGAAAGAAUAAGGCCGCAUUACUACUGAUUCAGUCCUGUUUAGAAGGGAAAUAUGGAGGGAGCACCCCAGAUAUAAGAGCAACAUUUCACAUGGAGGAAGAGCUUAGUGACAUGGGAGAUGUUCGACAUCUGGUGAACAAGUUGUACAUGGCCCUUAAUGUAGAUCAGCAUCAGGUUAUGAAGGAACGUGAAAUCCUCGCACAAAUAGAGGAAAUAAAAACACAACUUGCGCCUUUGGAAAAGAAACGUGAAAACCUAGUAAGUGCCGCUGAGAGACGCACCACCAUUUUAGCUGGGGCUGGUCUUGGCUACAUGGCACUUCAGUUUGGGUUCCUUGCCAGAUUAACCUGGUGGGAGUACUCCUGGGAUAUCAUGGAACCUGUGACUUACUUUGUUACUUAUGGUACAGCCAUUGGAGCAUAUGCAUAUUAG